UCAAUACACAGUUUUAACAAUCAAAGUAUAAAUUCCAAGUACAUAGUGGUUCCACAAGAUCUGAAAUUAUCAAGAGAGAGUUCAAAAUUUAAGUAGUUAUUGCCAGUUUGCAGUCUUAUCUUCAAUUGAAAGUGUGAUACAAACUUCACAGAACAUUCACUUGACAUGGACAGAUGCAAAGAGUGGGUAACCCCAGUAGAGGACACUUUAAACGUUGCCAAAGCUUUGGCUCCACGGCAAACUAAGUGGUCUAGAUAUCAAGCAGAAGGAGGUAUGUUGGAGCUCGAACCCGACUCCGUCCGAGUCUCCGAUAAGUGGGUAGAAGUGAAAUACAUGCUGACGUCUGAACUUCGUGCCCAGUCUUCUAUUAUAGUUGAAGGGGUGGUCAUUGAUGACCCUAAAUGGUUUCAAGUGGAAUUCUGGGUUGACGCUAAAAAAGGCAGAUCAUCUUCUAAAAACGAUGCAUUAGACUUCUCGGUAAAGUUUAAACCCCGUCACGUAGAACUCUCCUCCUAUAGUUUGUAUAAAUAUCUGGGUGAGACGACAGAAGUUGAUGCAGAGUUUCCUUUCCGCCCAGGUCAACCGUUCUACCUCGAAUUCCACAUCACCGAAGAGAAGUUUAAGAUUGCGGUGAAUGGUUGGUCCUACGUGUACUACAAACACAAACUACCUUUCAAGUCAAUCAACAAAAUCCAGAUCUUUGGAGAUAUAAAUCUUACCAACGUCCAAUACGAGAAAUACGCCAAGUUUCCUACCCAGCUGCCAAAGGGAGUCUGGAUACGUGAAGAGGAUUAUAAUGAGGAACAGCAUGGUGAAAUAAUUAUUAAAGAUGCUAAUGUACCUGUACCUGAACCAGCAUGGAGUAGUGCCAUUUAAUCAGGGGACAGGAAACCAGAAGCCAUAGAUGUGUUGGUGUGAGACAAACAACGAACCCAGGGAGAGAAAAUUGGCCAACACAAGGGGGUUUUGAUGGAGGAAAUGUUAACAGGAAAUUGACCUUAGUCCAGUGUUGAUGUGAGGCAUUACUGAACAUAUCAGGAUAUGUCACUCGUGUUGAUGUAAACAAGAAAUGAUUGGUUUGAACUCACACUUACAUUGUACAGAAAUAUAAAUACGAAUUG